AUGAAAGAGAAAACGGACGAUGGAAGAAACAUAUUUUAUGAUAAUGAAGAGUACGAAAAAAUUAAGAAAAAAACCCUGUUCAAAAUUCUCCUCUCUGUGUUCAUCAAGACCCUAUUUGAAUCCUUUCUACAGCCCCUACUCCCAUUUUAUAUAUUAAACUAUUACGACAUCCAAGUCAAGGAGCUGGGAAUUUUAUUAAGCUUUUAUUCGCUCGCUCAAUGUGUAAUGUGUUUGAUUAUAGGUUUCUUUUCUUCCAUCAACAAGAAGCAUUUACUUGUAUUUUUAAUUCUGUUAAACCUUAUUGGUAUGUACCUAUUCUAUGUAAAAUUGAAUUUCCCUUUAUUAAUUAUUAACAGAAUUAUUUGUGGUAGUAGCUCAGUCUUUAUCGUUGUAGUUAAUGCCAUAAUCAACGACCUGGUUGACACAGAUGUGUGCAUUUAUUACACAUACAUAAAUAUAUUUAAUGCUAUUGGAAUAAUCCUGGGCCCCUUAUUAUCUUCCUUCUUUUUAACUAUAUUUAAUUUUGAAAUUAUAUUAAAUUUUAACACACUUGGAUUAAUUGCUUCUCUUCUAAUUGUGUUGACAAUUUCGAGUGAGUUACUAACGCAAAAUAAGGACAACCUAAAAAAAACCAUCCUCGAAGAUUCUAAUUUGAUAACCUUAAAUAUUAACACCCAUGAACAGAAAAAAAAAAACCCACAAAAAAAUCUACCAUGCAAAGAUGCAAAAAAUGCUCUAUACGUAAAUGAUCUGGUCGAGUCAGAAUUUAAAAGUAAUCGUUCACACAGUGGGAGGUACAAACACGAAACGUCCAGCUACAAAAGAGGAGCCAAUUCUGCCAGUGGCCAUUAUGCAAGUGGAAAAUUCCUAGGUGGAAAUUCGGCAGGUGAAUAUUCUGUAAAUAGCUACCUGCUGAAUAAGAAAAAAAAACAUCAUGGGGAAAAUUACAAGAGGAAAUUUUUCAAUUACGACAAUGACGAAUUUUCUGAAUUAUCAUAUCAACAAUUUUUGAAGAGACGGGACUACUUUUACAUUAACAGGCUGACCCUCUACGUGAAGGAAAAGAUACGUGCUCUUUCUCACAUGACUCUGUCCUACAAGUUCAAAUGCCUCCUUUCCAUUUGCAUGCUUAGAUUUACUUCAGCCUUUUCCUCCAACUUGAUGAGCAACAUUUUUUUUGUAUUCUACAAUGACAACGUUUCCUCCGACAACAAGCAGAUACAAAUCAGCGUCUUUGUUUCCCUGAGCGGAAUUAUCAUGAUCUUCUACCAGUACUUUUCCUUUUCCUAUAUUUUGAAAAUGUUUGGAUACAAUGGCACGGCUAUUAUAGGAUUACUCAUACAGAGCACAGGAAUCUUGCUGACUUACCACAGCAUUAAAUAUUAUAACCUACUUUUUCAAUACAUCAGCAUUUGCUUCAUCCAUUCAUGCUCCUAUGCCUACAUAGAGCCCAUCAUACCAACCAUCAUCUCUUUAUUUUUUUCCAAAAAGGAUCAACUGUUUUCACAAAGCAUUGUUUCCUUCUUCAGAUAUUUAUCCCUCACCAUUUCGCCCAUCGUUUAUAGCUACUACUACAUCGAAAAUCAGCUUUCCCCUUUUUUCAUUUCUUCCUGCGUGUCCAUUAUAUCCAUUUUUUUUGUGCAUCUCUCCUUUAAGUACCACAAGAGGAUGAAUGCUUCCCUUAUGUCUAAUUAA